CAGCGCAUGCUCCGGAAUCUCAUCCUCUGGCCCCGGAGCUGCUGCUGCUGCUGCUGCUUUUGCUUUUGGGGCUGAGUUUAAUAACCAGCGAGCGAGCAAGCGAACGCGGGGGAAAAAGGCAGAGAAUGUCCGCCAUCUACCCUCCGUUCCUGGGCGCACUCUCAUUCAUAGCAGCCUCUUCAUGAAUUACAGCUGAGGGGGGCGGGGAGGGGGGUACCUCACAACACCCCAGCAAACCUCCGGGCCCCCAGGCAUGGCUAGCUCGUGUGCCGUGCAGGUGAAGCUGGAGCUGGGGCACCGCGCCCAGGUGAGGAAAAAACCCACGGUGGAGGGCUUCACCCACGACUGGAUGGUGUUCGUGCGCGGUCCGGAGCACAGUAACAUACAGCACUUUGUGGAGAAAGUCGUCUUCCACUUGCACGAAAGCUUUCCUAGGCCAAAAAGAGUGUGCAAAGAUCCACCCUACAAAGUAGAAGAAUCUGGGUACGCUGGUUUCAUUUUGCCAAUUGAGGUUUAUUUUAAAAACAAGGAAGAACCUAAGAAAGUCCGCUUUGAUUAUGACUUAUUCCUGCAUCUUGAAGGCCAUCCACCAGUGAAUCACCUCCGCUGUGAAAAGCUAACUUUCAACAACCCCACAGAGGAGUUUAGAAGAAAGUUGCUGAAGGCAGGAGGGGACCCUAAUCGGAGUGUUCAUACCAGCAGCAGCAGCAGCAGCAGCAGCUGUAGCAGCAGCAGCAGUAGCAGUAGCAGCAGUAGCAGCAGCAGCAGUAGCAGCAGCAGCUGUAGCAGCAGCAGCAGUAGCAGCAGCAGUAGCAGCAGCAGCAGCACCAGUUUUUCAAAGCCUCACAAGUUAAUGAAGGAGCACAAGGAAAAACCUUCUAAAGACUCCAGAGAACAUAAAAGUGCCUUCAAAGAACCUUCCAGGGAUCACAACAAAUCUUCCAAAGAAUCCUCUAAGAAACCCAAAGAAAAUAAACCACUGAAAGAAGAAAAAAUAGUUCCUAAGAUGGCCUUCAAGGAACCGAAACCCAUGUCAAAAGAGCCAAAACCAGACAGUAACUUACUCACUAUCACCAGUGGACAGCAAGAUAAGAAGGCUCCCAGUAAAAGGCCCCCCAUUUCAGAUUCUGAAGAACUCUCAGCCAAAAAAAGGAAAAAGAGUAGCUCAGAGGCUUUAUUUAAAAGUUUCUCUAGUGCGCCCCCGCUGAUACUCACUUGUUCUGCUGACAAAAAACAGAUCAAAGAUAAAUCUCAUGUCAAGAUGGGAAAGGUCAAAAUUGAGAGUGAGACAUCAGAGAAGAAGAAAUCCACUUUGCCCCCAUUUGAUGAUAUCGUGGAUCCCAAUGAUUCCGACGCGGAGGAGAAUAUGUCCUCUAAAUCUGAUUCUGAACAACCCAGCCCUGCCAGCUCCAGUUCCAGCUCCAGCUCCAGCUUCACACCAUCCCAGACGAGGCAACAAGGUCCGUUAAGGUCCAUAAUGAAAGACCUGCAUUCCGAUGACAAUGAGGAAGAAUCAGAUGAGGCAGAGGAUAAUGACAAUGACUCUGAAAUGGAGAGACCUGUAAAUAGAGCAGGCAGCCGAAGUCGCAGAGUUAGCUUAAGUGAUGGCAGUGACAGUGAAAGCAGUUCUGCUUCUUCCCCACUACAUCACGAACCCCCGCCACCCUUAUUAAAAACCAACAACAACCAGAUUCUUGAAGUGAAAAGUCCAAUAAAGCAAAGCAAAUCAGAUAAGCAAAUAAAGAAUGGUGAAUGUGACAAGGCGUACCUAGAUGAACUGGUAGAGCUUCACAGAAGGUUAAUGACCUUGAGGGAAAGGCACAUUCUGCAGCAGAUUGUGAACCUCAUAGAAGAAACUGGACACUUUCAUAUCACAAACACAACAUUUGAUUUUGACCUUUGCUCGCUGGACAAAACGACAGUCCGUAAACUACAGAGUUACCUGGAGACAUCUGGAACAUCCUGAGGAUACAACAACUGGAUGCAUCAAAAACGAUUGGGGUUUUUUUUGGUUGUGAUUUUUUUUGUUGUUGUUGUUUAUAAGAAAACACUCAGAAUGAUGCAACCAAAAGGGAAAAAAUAAAAAUCAAGCAACCUUCAGCUUUAUUUUUCUUUGAAGCCAGUCAUCAUCUCUUGAUAAAGGAGAGGUUAAGCAAACCAGCCUCAGCGGACCACUCUUCUCUCCAAGGAAAUCCCCGGGAAGAGUUUGCCUGGAUAGCCUUGAAAACAAACAAAUCAAACACAACACAAGAAAACUUAAAGAAUGUGUAUGGUAUCAUGUAUCUCUCUCUGUGGUGGUUCAUUCCACAGGACGAAUGCAUAUUCAACACACUGCCUUAUUACAUAACUGAUCUAUUUAUUAUCGCAUACAGAUAUCUGAAAGUCGUUGAGGGAAUGACACCACAAGACAUUAUAAGUACUUGGUCCCGUGGAUGCUCUUUCAAUGCAGCGCCCUGGCCAUCCCAAGCCCAGUGACCUUACUUGUACACCGUGCCACUCUCCACCAACUUUUUCCAACUCCUUUAACUCGUUGUAGUCUGUUUUUCCACCUUCUGUUUUUCCAGUUCUAGGACACAAACGAUCAACUGGGGGGACCAAAUAACCACCCUGAUUUUCUUCUUUGUGGUCUUUCUCCUGAAAGUUGGGGCCCAGUCCUUGGCUGUAUCCAUAUAAUGAUCUUGGACCAUGGUAGAAAAAAGCACCAAAUAGGAUCAUGACCUGCUGUUUAGCCUUAGUCAACAAAUCGUAGGACUUUUAAACAAAAGUGUGCGUGUAAACGUCCUGCGUCCAGCAUUGCUGAGCUGUCGCCAGCACCCUGGUGUCUGUGUCACUGUUACAAUAGUAGAUAAAUACGGAAGUGAAGGCAUUCCAGAGGAUCAUCAUUUUUUUUUUUAAAAAAAAGGAAUUCUGAUUCUGUUUUCUAAACAAAUGUUGUAGAAAUUCGUAAUUUGGAUCUAUUUAUUAGUGAGAGCUUCCUCAGCUUUCUUCAGCUGCCAGUGUGUCAUUCAUCUGAACCAUAAAACCUGGAAUAAGAGAUUUUCAUUUAUUCACAUGUGAUCCCCUUAGACUCUUUUUAUAUUUGGAAAAUUUAAAUCUUUCUUUGGGGGGAAAUUCCUGGUUAUUCUGCCAUAACAGAUUAUGUAUUAACCUGUAGAUUCAGUGGUUCAAUACCUGUUUAGUCCCUUGCUUAUGUUUCCAGAAGGAUUUCUUGUAUUGGUGAAAAUAAAGGAGGUUGGGGAGGGGGGGUAUUUUUGUUCUUGAUGUACCCUGUUUUGAAACUAGAAACCUUUCCUGUGGCAUGCAAAAGAAAGCAAAUUAUUUUUAAAGAAAAAAAAAACAAAAAAAACAAAACCAAAGUACUUUUGGUGUCAUUAUUCCAUCCCCUCCAGAAAUGGAGAAAUGCAAAGUGAGAACAGCUCAUCUUUCAAGUUUUUGCUAGGAACUCGACUAAAAAGAAAAGAAAUGAAGAAAUACUUCUGGAUCCAAAGGUUCAUUCACUGGAUCAGCCUUAAGAGAGUCUCUAUCUGUGCUAAUAGACCAGUGUCUCCCUUGUUUAUUCCCAUGCCAGAUGCUGUCUUUUCAUACAGAGAUUAACUAGUGUCUGUACAGAAAACGGUCUUUCCAGACCCAUUCUUUGGGGCAGUGAUGUAAAUGAAGAUUGAUAAUGGAGUUAUUUCUGCAUUUUAAAAAGGGGGAUUUUUUUUUUACCUUUUAUUAUUUCUAUCCAAAGACACUAUUUUUUCCUUUAAAAAAAAUACCACCAUGCUUCUUGUAAAUUACUUCUCCGAAGCAUCCUCCCUGAAGGACAAGUGUAUGUUUUCAAUCAUGUUACGAUUUUUGGUGAUUGGCACAAACUGUCCUUGAAGCAUCUGUCGUCUGGUCCACUUCUCGGUGAUUAAUUAGAGAAACUUCCUGAGUCAUUUUAGGUGACUGAUGAAUUGUGCGACUUUAGUUGUGCUUUGUUUUGUUUUGAACUUUGCAGGUGAAAGGGGAGGACAAUGUUUGAAUGGCAUUAUUUGCAAAAUUUAAAUCUCUUUAAAAUUUCUAACUGCUAAUUCACAUAUCCUAAUGAAGCUAGAAAUGUAUGUGGUGUAUCUGAAAUAUCUGUGUAGUUUAACUAGGAAUGUGUGUAUGUAGUUUGGGCCAUUUUUAUUUUUGUAACUGAAUUGUGUGGCAAAAACUAUGAUUUGGCAAUGUAAAGAUUUGUUGUUGUUGUUCCUUAGGUUACUAAGCAAGUAACUAGGUAACACAAAUGAUCGAACAAAACGGUUAAGAAGAAGAGACAUUAUUACAGCGAUAAACUUUAGAUGCACAGUUCAGGUGAUAAAGCAAAUAUCUUCAGAAUAUUGUCAGUGUGAGUUUGCAGUUGAUAACAAAAUCUGGGGAAAACUACCCAUCUACUACUUGUGGAUGAGCAAAGGGAGUUUUCCAUAAAAUUCUGGUAGAGUACCAGUCAUGUGGUUAAGUUUCUAGAAGUUACACCCUUGCUUUCAUCUAAGUUAUAAAUGCAGAAAUAAUAAAUCCCCUUUCAACUGAUUUCAAAAAGUUAUACUUCUCUUAAAGCAGCCCACUCAGUUCUGCCACAUUUAUGUACACUCACCUUUGAAACCUGUUUAAAAAUGUUUGGGGCACGCGUGUGUCCUAAUAGUGGCUUUGGUUUUUUAAGCACAAAAACAAAAUGGCAGAGUUUAAUUUCUUUGGUGUAUAUACAUAUAAAUAGAUGUUUCAAAUAAACUUAAUUGGGUGAGUGUGAAUAUAGUUUGAGCCAGCCAGAAUAUGAUAAACUUUCUGUAAAUUUUUCCCCAGUAAUCUGAGGAGAAGAGUCUAUGUACAGAACUUUCCCCUAAUAAAUUAGCUUCUGCCUCUGGUUUUGCUGCAGAAUAUGUAUGAGAGCAGGUGCUUCUGUCUCUGCAUGUGGCGGUCAUGUCAGCAACACCGUUUGCAGUUGUUUCGUUUCUUUACCGUAAUCCAUCUCUCUGUGUAGACAAGUAGGCAUGUCUGUAUAUGCUUGUAUAUUGUGUCAGAGUAGGGGAGAACAUGAAAACGUUAGACUAGAGGGAAAAAAAUCAUAGGAGAGUGUCCUAAACAUUUUUAAAUUGCUAAGCAAAUCUCUCUAAUCUGAAUAAUUAUGCACCUUUUUGUGGACAGAGCUAAUACAUUUGGCUUUCUUCCACCAAAAAAAAAGUUUCUACAGAUAAUUUCUACAGACUCAGCUCAUCUUUAUAAAAGACUGAUCAGGCCUGCAUAACAUUCCAAGCCCUGUGCAUGUUAACGAUUUAACAUAUGUGUUUAAGAGAAGAGACUUUAUCUUAAAUGUUUUAACUCUGCCUCGGUGAUGGAGUUGGAUAUUCAGUGUUGGAAAUGGUCAGUGUUUGUGUUUGGUGGCUGGUGUUCAUUUUUCUCACUGUGGAUGUGAUCAGUUCUGGAAUAGUUCGCUGUAUAUGUUCAUUACUUUUCACCUUCAGCAUUGUGUGUGUACUGCAUUCGCACACAGAGACACACACACAUAUUACAAACUUGCUUUGGACUGUCGCUCUAAAACUGAGACUGUGAUGCUGAGUCUCCUACAACUGCAGUGAAUGUGGAGGAGUCAGUCCCCACGGUUUAGUCCUGGGCUGGAAGUCUGCAUCUUUGACCCCUUGUUUUAUAUGAUGCUUUUUGUCAUGUAGGCAUUGCCAUCCCUGAAUAUUCCUUGUAAAGAUGCAUCGAAGAAGUCAAUUUUAAAGGAAGACAAAGCCACCGCUGUCUGUAAACUGUAAAUAUGUAUCUUGGCACUUACUCCACUAUUCUGAAAAUAGCGUUUUGAUGGAAAUGCUGACAGAUCCUGAAUGGUGGCCAGAGCUAUCAUGCAGUGCAAAAAUAAAUUAAGUAAAAAUGUAUUCCUGAGAUUAAUAAUGCAAGGCCAAUACAUUUUAUAAAUCUGUCAGUAUCUUUUAAAAUGGAGUGUGUAUGUGUAGUUUUGUUGAAAGAUACUGUGUAUGUGUGUGUAGAUGCUAUUAUGUGAACAACAAGGCAUUCGUAAGAUGUAUUUCCCAUCUCUAAAACCCGUGUUGAAAUGUAAGUACAGAUUGACAGAAAUAGCUGUUUUUCUUAAAUUCAUAUCUAAUCUA